AUGGAGGACGCCGUCUCCGGUGGGUGUGAAAGCAUCUGCAUCAUUCAAAAGGAAGCCGAGAGCUGGCACUUGGACACAUUUGGCCAAUCGAUCCGGGAAGUGACAGGCUAUGUCCUGGUGGCUCUGAACCAGUUUGACUACUUGCCACUGGAGAACUUGCGAAUCAUCCGCGGGACAAAGUUGUACGAGGACCACUACUCCCUUGCGAUCUUCCUCAACUACAGACACGACGGAAACUUUGGCCUGCGUCAGUUGGGCCUGAGGAACCUCACGGCUGAAACAGGAUGCUGUGAUGCCGCAAGCAAAAACCUUCAAAGUGAGCCCCUCUGGGAGAAACCACGGUGUCUGUCCCCGUCGUGUGGCACUGCCUUGGAGCUUGGGAACCUUGCCUCUUUCUGCUUGCAGUCGAUCCGGGAAGUGACGGGCUAUGUCCUGGUGGCUCUGAACCAGUUUGACUACUUGCCGUUGGAGAACUUGCGAAUCAUCCGUGGGACAAAGUUGUACGAGGACCACUACUCCCUUGCGAUCUUCCUCAACUACAGACACGACGGAAACUUUGGCCUGCGUCAGUUGGGCCUGAGGAACCUCACGGAGAUCCUGAGUGGAGGUGUCUAUGUCCACCAAAACAACUUCCUGUGUCACGCAGACACCAUUCAUUGGCAGGACAUUGUCAAGAACUCGGGGGUCUAUCCUGUGGUUGUCCCGACCAACAGCAGUGCCACAUGUCAGAAGUGCCAUCGCUCCUGCAAUGGCCGUUGCUGGGGGCCUAAAGAAGACCAAUGUCAAAGCUUAACCAAGACGGUGUGUGCCGUGCAGUGCGACGGCCGCUGUUUUGGUCCCUACGUGAGCGACUGCUGCCAUCGUGAGUGUGCAGGUGGCUGCUUUGGUCCGAAGGACACUGACUGCUUUGCAUGCACAAAUUUCAAUGACAGUGGGGCGUGUGUGACGCAGUGUCCACAGCCUUUUUUGUACAACCCCACCACCUUCCAGGUGGAACACAACCCUCGAACGAAAUACACUUACGGAGCAUUCUGUGUCAAGAAGUGUCCACACAACUUUGUGGUGGACCAGAGCUCCUGUGUGCGCGCGUGCCCCAGUAACACGAUGGAGGUGGAGGAGAACCGCAUCAAAAUGUGCAUUCCUUGUACUGACAUCUGCCCCAAAGCCUGCGAUGGCAUCGGAACCGCCAGUCUGCAGUCGGCUCAGACGGUCGACUCCAGCAACAUCGACAAGUUUGUCAAUUGCACCAAAAUAAAUGGCAAUUUGGUGUUCCUCAUCACUGGAAUUAAAGGGGACGUCUAUCACGACAUUGAAGCUUUGGACCCGGAAAAGCUUCACGUGUUUCGCACCGUUAGGGAAAUUACCGGCUUUCUGAGCAUUCAGUCUUGGCCGGAUAACGUAACAGACUUGAGUGUUUUCAGCAACUUGGUAACGAUUGGGGGAAGAUCUCUGUACAGUGGGAUCUCCCUGCUGGUGUUAAAGCAGCACGGCAUCUUAUCACUUCAACUUCAGUCGCUCCGUGAGAUCAGCGCAGGCAACGUGCACAUUGUGGAGAAUAGCCAGCUGUGCUACUACAACACAGUCAACUGGACCCGACUGUUCCGCGCCGCCAACCAGAAAGCUUUGACCCGCAACAACAGAGACCCGCAGAUGUGCUCCAAGGAGCAUAUGGUGUGUGACCCGUUAUGUUCCGACUCUGGAUGUUGGGGUCCUGGCCCAGACCAAUGUCUCUCAUGCAGGGACUUCCGUAGGGGACAAAGUUGUGUGGAACACUGCAACCUGUAUGAAGGGGAGAUUCGAGAGUUUGCCAACGACUCGGUGUGUGUGGAGUGUGAUUCCCAAUGUGAGCGGGCUGACGGCAACGCUUUGACCUGCCACGGUCCGGGCCCCGAGCAUUGUGUAAAAUGCAUCCAUUUUAAGGACGGUCCUAACUGUGUGGAAAAAUGCCCAGAUGGCCUGCAAGGCGCAAACAGUUUUAUCUUCAAGUAUGCCGAAAGCAACAAUGAGUGCCAUCCCUGCCAUGCCAACUGCACACAAGGGUGCAGUGGGCCAAGACAUCAGGACUGUAUCGGCUGGAUGGACAGAACCCCUUUGAUCGCGGCAGGGGUGAUCGGCAGCCUCUUCAUGGUGGUUAUCGUUGCGCUGAGCGUGGUGGUGUCUGUGCGCCGGAACAACAUCAAGAAGAAGCGGGCCCUUCGUCGCUUCUUGGAAACAGAGCUGGUGGAACCUUUGACACCCAGCGGGACAGCACCCAACCAAGCUCAGCUUCGAAUCUUGAAAGAGACAGAACUCAAAAGAGUCAAGAUCCUUGGCUCUGGAGCCUUUGGGACAGUGUACAAGGGAAUUUGGAUUCCUGAGGGGGAAACGGUUAAGAUACCCGUAGCCAUCAAAAUCCUCAAUGAAGCCACGGGGCCCAAGGCAAAUGUGGAGUUCAUGGACAGGAGACAAGUGUUUAUCUUUCAGGAGGCCCUGAUUAUGGCCAGCAUGGAGCACCCUCACCUGGUGCGUCUGCUGGGUGUCUGCCUGAGUCCCACCAUCCAGCUGGUGACGCAACUGAUGCCCCACGGCUGCCUUCUCGACUACGUCUUCGAGCAGAAGGACAACAUCGGAUCGCAGCUGUUGCUCAACUGGUGUGUCCAGAUUGCCAAGGGGAUGAUGUAUCUGGAGGAGCGUCGGCUGGUCCACAGGGAUCUGGCAGCCCGCAACGUCCUGGUGAAAUCUCCCAACCAUAUCAAGAUCACCGACUUUGGCUUAGCCCGCUUGCUUGACGUCAAUGAGAAGGAAUAUAAUGCAGAUGGAGGAAAGAUGCCCAUUAAAUGGAUGGCCCUGGAGUGUAUUCAUUACAGGAAGUUUACUCAUCAAAGUGAUGUUUGGAGUUACGGGGUAACAAUUUGGGAGCUGAUGACCUUUGGAGGGAAGCCAUACGAUGGAAUUUCAACCAGAGAUAUUCCAGAACUACUGGAGAAAGGGGAGCGUCUCCCACAGCCGCCCAUCUGCACCAUUGACGUCUACAUGGUCUUAGUCAAAUGCUGGAUGAUUGACACAGACAGCCGACCCAAGUUCAGAGAACUGGCAGCAGAAUUCACCAGGAUGGCCCGUGAUCCGCAGAGAUACCUCGUUAUUCAAGGGGACGACCGAAUGAAGCUGCCUAGUCCCAACGAUAGCAAGUUCUUUCAAAGUCUCCUGGAUGAAGAGGAGCUGGAAGACCUGAUGGAUGCUGAGGAGUAUGUGGUGCCCCACUCCCUCAAUAUCCCACCUCUGACGUACACUUCACAAACCCUCAUGGACCCCAGCAAGUUUUGCUACCAGGAUCCAAAUUUUAGCCGGCAGGACACAAUAGCCACCCUCCCAAGAGGAGUCUCGGUUCCGCCCGUGAGUGGCGCUUGCCUCGUUUCCCAGGACCUGGCCUCGGGAGGGCAGACUGGUGGUGGAUUUGUCCGCGCCAAACAGGAGGAUCCCCGAUGUAACGGCACUUUAAGGAAGCAGGCCUCCCCGAGAUCAAGCGUCCUUGUGGCUGGAUCAGCACUUUCUACAGGACAAGGCGCGUGUGAGGAAUGCAGUGGACAGCGUUACAGUGCGGACCCAACUGCUCUUCUUGCAGAACGAGGAGCCAAGGGGGAGAAGGAGCAGGAUCCAUACGCGACGGCCAUGAGAGAGAGGAAGAGUUCAGAGCACAUCAACGCUGUUGAGGAAAACCCUUUCAUUGCACGUCGCAAAAACGGAGAAGCCCAUGCAGUGGUUGACGGUGGAGGCUGCCGCACUCUACACAUGGCCGGAGCCGUUGCCGCGGCCGCUUCUGCCGCUGCCACCUCCGGCAGCCACUCCGCCCACAGGAACGAUGAGUAUGUCAACGAGCCGCUUUACCUGAAUACCUUCCUUAACACCGGGGACAAGAACGGAUUAGCUUCGGCCGUCUCCUUCGCCGUACCGGGGACAUCGACUCCCCAAACGGUAUCACAGACGGUUAGCAAAUCAACAUCAAGCCACGCAGUCCCCACCUCCGGAUACGUGCUGGCCCCUGGCCACCUCCCCCACCCGGCGUAUCCAUCCCACACCCUGCAUCCGGGGCAUUCGGGACAUGCUCUGCACUCAGGCAUUACCGGCGGCACCGUCAUGUUCGAUAAGAAAGGCAAGAAGGCUGCUUUUGACAAUCCUGAAUACUGGCAGCACAGCCUCCCUCCGAAAAGCACUCUGCACAACCCGGAGUACCUGCAGGACUGCAGCACACGCUUCUUCUACAGACAAAAUGGACGCAUCCGCCCUGCCGUUGCUGAAAACCAGGAAUACUUGUCGGAGGCGGCCAUGAAAGCCGGCAAUGUGUUACCGCCCCCUCCCUACAGACAGAGGAACACUGUGGUGUAGUCACCCACCUGUAGCACGCAAAAAGAGGGCCGAAGCCGUGGAGAAGAACGAACCUGGCGCUACCCUCACAUUCUCAAACUGGAUUCUUCUUAAACGCGGUGUGAACGCCUCCGUGAUUUCAUCGUGGCUCAAAGCCUCGGCAUGUCCCGAGAGUGCUACAUUAGCAGUAUGACAAAAUGUCUCUAGUUCUUUUCUUUCACUCACUCCCUAUGUUCUCUUUUCUUUUUUUUUUCGAGCGCAACAAGGCCAGCCCUUACUGCAGUAGGUCCGGAGACACAAAAGUAAUCUGUAAUUAAGUAUGGAUUUGUUAUAGAGGACACGAUCCAAAUCCAGUGGAUAGCCCAAAGAGAGGAUUAUUGCCAUGACUGAUUCAUUACACUUCUACUUUCAUAAUCACAAGCUAAUAAUCCCCGUCGCCUUUUGUGACUACUUCCCACGGAGCUGAACUCAUCUCGUGGCAGCAAGCACACAUUGGCAUUGCUUGUGUGUAGCCCGCAAAAGUGAUGCAAGCCCGCAGAGUUGUCGUGACUUGCCAGCAAAAAAAAAAAAA